UUUCACUUUUGUUUUCUCCAGAGGAGCCAGGAAGAGAGCUGUAACUAGCAGCCACUCUUACUCCCUUGGCCUUGGUGCCUGUUUGCACUGGCUACAGCAGGGCGCUGGUCCCUGCAGUCACUGCCUCCUACACAAAGACCCUGUCUCUGAGUUCUGUAGCCUACUGUUCAGCCCCAGGUUUGAAGAUGGAUGCCCUGGAUGCUUCAAAGCUGCUGAAUGAAGAGCUGUAUUCAAGACAGCUGUAUGUGCUGGGCUCACCUGCCAUGCAGAAGAUUCGGGGAGCCAGGGUCCUGCUGUCAGGUCUGCAGGGCCUGGGGGCCGAGGUGGCCAAGAACUUGGUCCUGAUGGGGGUGGGUAGCCUCACUCUGCAUGAUCCCCACCCCACCUGCUGGUCUGAUCUGGCUGCCCAGUUUCUCCUCUCAGAACAGGACUUGGAAAGGAGCAGAGCCGAGGCCUCUCAAGAGCCCUUGGCUCAGCUCAACAGAGAUGUCAAGGUCAUCAUGCACACGGGUGACAUCACUGAGGACCUACUGUUGGACUUCCAGGUGGUGGUGCUGACUGCUGCGAAGCUGGAGGAACAGCUGAAGGUGGGUACCUUGUGCCAUAAGCAUGGAGUUUGCUUUCUGGCGGCUGACACCCGGGGCCUUGUGGGGCAGUUGUUCUGUGACUUUGGUGAGAAUUUCACUGUGCAGGACCCCACAGAGGCAGAACCCCUGACAGCUGCCAUCCAGCACAUCUCCCAGGGCUCCCCUGGUGUUCUCACUCUGAGGAAAGGGGCCAAUACCCACUGCUUCUGUGAUGGAGACUUGGUGACUUUCUCGGGAAUUGAGGGAAUGGUUGAGCUCAACGACUGUGCUCCCCGGUCUAUCCACGUGCGGGAGGAUGGGUCCCUGGAAAUUGGAGACACAGCAACUUUCUCUCGGUACUUGCGUGGUGGGGCUAUCACAGAAGUCAAGAGACCCAAGACUGUGAGACAUAAGUCCCUGCACACAGCCCUGCUCCAGCCCCAUGUGGUAGCCCAGAAUCCCCAGGAAGUUCACCGCGCUCACUGCUUGCAUCAGGCCAUCCGUGCACUGCACAAGUUUGAGCACCUCCAUGGCCGACCACCCCAGCCCUGGGAUCCUGUUGACGCAGAGACUGUGGUGGGCCUGGCCCAGGACCUAGAACCACUGAAGUGGACAGAGGAAGAGCAACUAGAACAGCCAUUGGAUGAGGCCCUAGUGCGGACAGUUGCCCUAAGCAGUGCAGGUGUCUUGAGCCCUAUGGUGGCCAUGCUGGGUGCAGUAGCUGCCCAGGAAGUGCUGAAGGCGAUCUCCAGGACAUUCAUGCCUCUGGAUCAAUGGCUUUACUUUGACGCCCUCGAUUGUCUUCCGGAAGAUGGGGAGCUGCUUCCCAGUCCUGAGGACUGUUCCCCGAGAGGCAGCCGCUAUGAUGGGCAAAUUGCGGUGUUUGGGGCUGAUUUUCAAGAGAAACUGAGCCGCCAGCACUACCUCCUGGUGAGCUGUGAGGUGGGUGCUGGUGCCAUUGGUUGUGAGCUGCUCAAAGGCUUUGCCCUAGUGGGACUCGGGGCUGGGAACAGCGGGCGCUUGACUGUUGCCGACAUGGACCACAUAGAGCUCUCCAACCUCAGCCGUCAGUUCCUCUUCAGGUCCCAGGACAUUGGUAGACCCAAGGCAGAGGUAGCUGCAGCAGCUGCCCAGGGCCUGAACCCAGACUUACAGGUGAUCCCACUCACCUACCCACUGGAUCCUACUACAGAGGACAUCUAUGGGGAUAACUUUUUCUCCUGUGUGGAUGGCGUGGCUGCCGCCCUGGACAGUUUCCAGGCCCGGCGCUAUGUGGCUGCUCGCUGCACCCACUAUCUGAAGCCAUUGCUGGAAGCAGGCACAUUGGGUACCCGGGGCAGUGCUAAAGUGUUCGUGCCACAUGUGACUGAGGCCUACAGAGCCCCUGCCUCAGCUGCAGCUUCUGAGGAUACCUCCUACCCUUUCUGUACCGUGCGGUACUUCCCCAGCACAGCCGAACACACCCUGCAGUGGGCUCGGAAUGAGUUUGAGGGACUCUUCCGACUGUCUGCAGAGACCAUCAACCACCACCAACAGGCACACAGUUCCCUGACAGACAUGGAUGGGGCACAGACACUGACCUUACUGAAGUCAGUGUUUGGCGUCCUGAGACAGCGUCCACAGAACUGGCAAGACUGUGUGGCAUGGGCUCUUGGCCACUGGGAACUCUGCUUCCAUUAUGGCAUCAAACAGCUGCUGAGGCACCUCCCACCUAAUAAAGUGCUUGAGGAUGAAACUCCCUUCUGGUCGGGUCCAAAACGGUGUCCCCAGCCCUUGGAGUUUGACACUAACCAAGACACGCACCUCCUCUACAUAUGGGCAGCUGCUAACCUGUAUGCCCAGAUGCAUGGGCUGCCUGACUCACGGGACUCGACUGCACUCAGGGAGCUGCUGAAGUUGCUGCGACAGCCUGACCCACAACAAAUGGUCCCCAUCUUUCCUAGUAACCCAGAGCUGGCUUCGGCUUCUGCUGAGUUUGGCCCUGAGCAGUUGAAGGAACUGAACAAAGCCUUGGAAGUCUGGAGCACGGGCCCUCCCUUGAAGCCUCUGAUGUUUGAGAAGGAUGAUGACAGCAACUUCCAUGUGGACUUUGUGGCAGCGGCAGCUAGCUUGCGAUGUCAGAACUAUGGGAUUCCACCAGUCAACCGAGCCCAGAGCAAGCUAAUCGUGGGCCAGAUUAUCCCAGCCAUUGCCACCACUACAGCAGCUGUGGCAGGCCUAGUGAUCCUGGAACUGUAUAAGGUGGUGGGUGGGCCACGACCUCGUAGUGCCUUUCGCCACAGCUACCUACAUCUGGCUGAAAACUACUUCAUCCGCUAUAUGCCUUUUGCCCCAGCCAUCCAGAUGUUCCAUCACCUGAAGUGGACCUGUUGGGACCGUCUGAAGGUAUCAGCUGGGCAGCCUGAGAGGACCCUGGAGUCGCUGCUGGCUCAUCUUCAGGAGCAGCACGGUUUGAGGGUGAGGAUGCUGCUGCACCACCCAGCCCUGCUCUAUUCAGCCAGAUGGUCGCCUGAAAAGCAGGCCCAGUGCCUGCCCCUCAGAGUGACAGAACUGGUUCAGCGGGUGACAGGCCAGAAACCUACUCCUGGGCCGCGAGUGUUGGUGCUGCAGCUGAGCUGUGAGGAUGAGGAGGAGGACACUGCCUUCCCACCUCUGCACUAUGAGCUGUGACAAGGCAGCCACCACAUCACCUAGCUCGAUGGAGCCCUGCAUCCCAAGCCCUCCAUUGUAAGCCCACAGUAGGCACUCAAUAAAUGCUGUUGAAGGAAGGCA